UGGCGUCAAGAGGCAGCCGCAGCACAUCAAUCAAGCUGACAAUCACCAGCUGGCUAGCUCAAAGUCUAGCUUAGUUUAGCUAGUUGUCAGAUACAUAACCGAACUGUCUAGCUAGCUAUCGUACAUUAUUGAGCGGCUUGAUUAUAAAUAAAUCCUUACGAUAUAUGAAUUAUAAUGACUAGUUAAUAGGCAUCGUUUGAAUCCUCUGAGCUGGCCUAACUCCCGGACGGAGAGAAGAUAAGAGCAUUGGGAGUCAAGGCUCAAGACUAGUUAGCUAGCCCACAUCGAAAUUGAUGACUGUUACAUGAACUGGCAAGAUGUUGGACUCAGAAGAGUGUACUUUGUCCCUGGAUAACUUGUUCUUUGAGAGGCCAGUUGUCCACAAAGUAAAGCCACUUUGUCAAGAUCAGAGUUCUUGGCAGUUGGAACCCCCUCCAUCCCUCUCCCAGAUUCCAGCCACUCAGGACAUCCAAAAAGAGGCAGAGGAUCUUUCAUCAUUCAGUUUCUCUCAGAGGUCCAAGAAAUUCAUUCCCCCUUUGAAAAGAACAGUCGGCAGUGAUGGUUUCAUACAAAAUAACACAGAUUUUAAUGAAAUGACCAGUGAUGGAAGAAAAGAACCUGAGGGCCAGGGCGGGUGUGCUCUCUGGUCUCAGGAAGACUUCAUGAACAAGUCUCAGUGUUCCACAAUGGUCAGCAGAGGUCGAACUGAAACCCCACAGGAGUCUGGUCAUGCGCUGGAGCAGAAACAUUUUCCUCUGGACUUCAGCCAAAGCCCACCUGUACGGAGAAGUUUGUUCAAACCUCUCAUUGGUCAGGUGCUGAACAGUGGUGCAGACUUGAACACCCGCCACAGCCAGACAAGACCCAGAGAGCAGCAAACCUUCAACCAGGUUUCCAUGGCGACAGAGCCUCGACUGGCAAGACAGUCAGCAGCAGGCCCCAGCCCCCUCAGUGGGCUGGGUCCGGCUGCAGCCCGGGGACCCCCACCGCAUACAACGGACAAGGGCACCAAGAGGGCUAACAUCCUCCCCAUGACACCCCAGCCCCUUCAGAUACAAGGUUUUUCUGGGCCUGGGAUACUCCGACCAGUCUCUGAAAUCCAUGCAAAAUUCAGAUCUGUCUUCAAAGAGUUCCCUUACUUCAACUACGUCCAAUCCAAAGCCCUGGAUGAUGUUCUUUACACAGGAAAGAACGUUGUGGCUUGUGCUCCUACUGGUUCUGGUAAGACAGUGCUCUUUGAGUUGGCCAUCAUCCGCCUACUGAUGGAAACCACAGAGCCCUGGAGAAACGUCAAAGCUGUUUAUAUGGCACCCAUCAAAGCUCUAUGCAGCCAGCGCUUUGAGGACUGGAAGAAGAAAUUCGAGCCUCUGGGCCUGAGCUGCAAGGAGCUGACCGGAGACACAGAGAUCGACGACUUCUUUGAGAUUCAGGACGCCCAUAUCAUCAUGACCACACCUGAAAAAUGGGACAGCAUGACCAGGAAGUGGAGGGAUAACUGCCUGCUGCAGUUGGUCCGGCUUUUCCUUAUUGACGAGGUGCACAUGGUGAAAGACACUACGCGUGGAGCGACACUAGAGGUGGUGGUGAGCAGGAUGAAGGCGGUCCAUGCCUUCCGUGCAGCAGAGAACCCCCAGGAGGACGUCUCCAUGAGAUUUGUGGCUGUCUCCGCCACCAUCCCCAAUAUCAAGGAUAUAGCAGACUGGCUGUGUGACACCAGAGGCCCUGCUACUUGUCUGGAGAUGGAUGAGAGUCACAGACCUGUGAAAUUGAGGAAGGUAGUGCUGGGUUUCCCCUGCAGCAGCAACCAGACUGAGUUCAAGUUCGACCUGUCACUCAACUACAAGAUGGCCAACAUCAUCCAGACCUACUCGGACCAGAAACCAACCCUUGUUUUUUGCUCAACAAGGAAAGGAGUCCAGCAGUCAGCCGCUGUUCUGGCCAAGGAUGCCAGGUUCAUCAUGAGGAUUGAGCAUAAACAACGGUUGAUGAAGUAUGCAAACUCUCUCCUGGACUCAAAACUCAGAGACCUGGUGACGUUUGGGGUUGGUUUCCACCACGCCGGGGUAGACGUGUCCGACAGGAAGGUGAUUGAAGAGGCCUUCACCAUGGGAGACCUGCCUGUACUGUUUACAACCAGUACUCUGGCGAUGGGGGUGAACCUGCCAGCCCACCUGGUAGUGAUCAAGUCCACCAUGCACUACAUCGGGGGAGCCUGUAAGGAGUACAGCGACGCCGACAUGCUGCAGAUGAUUGGCCGAGCAGGCCGGCCACAGUUUGAUACGUCAGCAACAGCAGUGAUCAUGACCAAGACUCACACCAAAGACAAGUACAUGCAGUUCAUGAAUGGGGCAGAAAUUAUUGAGAGCAGUCUGCACACCCACCUUGUAGAGCACCUGAACGCUGAGAUCGUCCUCCACACCAUCUCAGACGUCAACAUGGCCCUGGACUGGAUCCGCUCCACCUUCCUCUACAUCAGAGCACUGAAGAACCCCAAACACUACGGUUUUUCCACCGACUUGGACCGAUGUGGGAUCGAAGCCAAAUUGCAAGAGCUCUGUCUGAAGAACCUGAACUCCCUGGCCUCCAUUGGUCUGGUCUCCAUGGAUGAGGAUGUCAACAUCAAAGCUACAGAGGCAGGCAGGUUGAUGGCCAGGUACUGUGUGGCAUUUGACACCAUGGAGCAGUUCAGCAAGGUGACUGGCACUGAGACCUUACCUGAGCUGAUAGAAUUGAUGGCGAAGGGCAGAGAGUUCACUGACGUGCAGCUGAGAGUGAACGAGAAGAGAACCCUGAACACGUUGAACAAGGACAAGAACAGGAUCACCAUCAGGUAUCCCAUGGAGGGAAAGAUCAAAAACAAUGAGAUGAAGGUGAACUGCUUGAUUCAGGCCCAGUUUGGCUCCAUUCCAAUUCAAGAGUUUGGACUCACACAAGACACCGGUAGAAUCUUCCGGAAUGGAGUCCGAAUCAGCAGAUGUUUGGCAGAGUUUCUAAACCAGCGCUCCAAGACAGGCUUCUCUGCUCUGCUCAACUCCCUGAUACUGGCCAAGUGCUUCAGUGCCAAGCUGUGGGAGAACUCUCCUUAUGUCUCAAAGCAGCUGGAGAAAAUAGGGUUGACUCUUUCAGCCGCCAUGGUGAACGCAGGGCUCACCACCUUCAGUAAGAUAGAGAAGACCAACGCCAGGGAACUGGAGCUGAUCAUCAACAGACAUCCUCCAUUCGGAAACCAAAUCAGAGAGGCUAUCAUCAAUCUACCCAAGUAUGAAGUUUGUUUGGAGCAGCUUCCAAGAUACAACGUCGCCACCGCAGAGAUUGUCGUGACUGUGAGCGUGAAGAACCACGAACAGCUGCUGUCAAAGAGAACUGCUCCUGACCACCACUAUGUCACCAUGAUCAUCGGGGACUGUGACAACAACGUGGUCUUCCUGCAAAAACUCACAGACUUGAUGCUGUUGAAGUCGGGAAGCUGGUCAAAAAAGAUUGAAGUGGCGAAAGCCUCCAAAGGAGAGGAGAUCAAUGUGAAUCUGGUCAGCUCAGAAUACGUGGGGUUGGACAUUCAACAGAAGUUUAGUCCCUUCUUCUCUGGACCGAAGAGGUACGGAGCUGAAUCACUCGCACCUGAGCAACAUAACACCAUGCAGCAAGCACAGGCUAAUGCUCAGAGAUCACAGGGUGCAACACAGAGAACACAGCCAACAGCUCAGCAAACACAGAAGAGAAACUCCACAUCCACAUGUGCCACAGAAAAGGAUUCCUCACAAUCAGAUCCAGGCAAAAGACAAUGUAACCACUUAUGCAAAAACAAGGAUCAAUGUGGCCACGACUGCUGUAAAAAUGGAGGGCCGGGGGUUCUGAAAAGGCAGAUUAAUCAGCAUUCGAGUUUCACCUCCUACCUCCAAGACCUGAAGACCAGGAGUGACACACUGACGGAGACACCAGUCAAACGCCUCAAGAUGAGAAUGAAUGGCGGGAUGGGAGCUGUGAACAUGCAACAGUUCUCUUAUUCACCUAAGCCAAUCCUACCUGCUUCCUCUAGGUAUGAAGGUAACCAGUAUGGCGCUUUAGCAAGACCACAGAGUGUAGAUUCAGCUGAGGACUUUACAACACCCCAAGAGAUGGCUUAUGUUGUGACCUAUGGCCAUGAGUAUAAUGACUACCUGGAAGACAUAUCUCAGACAACGGGAGAUUUGAAACCACCACCUGUUCAACUUCAGACCCUUACGGAGUCACAAAGCACUUCAAUGUGGAGGAAGCCCAAUGCCUACGAUGGAAGAUCCCUCAGCCACAGCAACCCCCAAAGCACCCCGCAAAGCCAGAGCAGGAGUUACCCUCAGAGCCACAGCACCCCCCAGAGCCAGAGCAGGAGUUACCCUCAGAGCCACAGCACCCGCCAGAGCAGGGAUUACCCUCAGAGCCACAGCACCCCCCAGAGCCAGAGCAGGGGUUACCCUCAGAGUCACAGCACACCCCAAAGCAGGGGUUACUCCCAAAGUAUCUCUCAGAGCCAGAGCAGAUGUUACCCACAGAGUCACUGCACCCCCCAAAGCAGGAGUUACCCUCAGAGCCACAGCACCCCCCAGAGCCAGUGCAGGAGUUACCCUCUGAGUCAAAGCACCACCCAAACCCAGAGCAGGGGUAACAGUACCCCCCAAAACCAGAGCAGGUCUUUUUCUCAGAGUUCCAUUGUAGACUUGACCGACGACAGUGGUUUCUUCUCAUCGUCAAUCACCCCCAGCGUGACCUUUGACCUGGGAGACGAGUGGGACGAUUUUGACGAUGACAACUUGGUGCACGCCAACGAGAAGCCAUGCACCACUGUUGCUAAAACUAAAGGGGUGGACCUGGACUGUGAUAGGCCAAAAGGAAACUCCACACCACUAUCAUCCAUUUCCUUACUGCCCAAACCCCGCUUCACUACAUCCAAUUCCCCACUCAGGUCGAUCUCCCCAGUUGUUUCUCAGAUACCAGUUACUACUCUCCCAGUCAGACCACCCAACUCCCAGGCUACUGCUAGCUGGAGACACUCUGACAACAAGACCACAAGGACAUUCAGUGAACCCCCCAUGAAAGCACCACCCUCCUUCCCAAAACAGACUGACACUAGCUUGCCCCCCCUGGGACAACGGUUUGAUUUCUUCUCAAAGACGACUACCCCAAACAAUGACACUGUGACUGGCAAAAGGCUCCAGGGAGAGGAUUACAGCAAGGAAGUGGAGGCAUUCAUGGGGAUAUUUGAUGGACUAUUUUAGUAGUGUUUGUAGUUGUAUGGACUAUUUCCAUGAUAAUGUUUCAUGGUGAGUUGUCAUGUUAUUGUGUAUGUAAUUUUGUUAUACUGUUAUUUAUACUGUUUGUUGUUUGGGAUUCACUGUUAGAUUUACUGUUGGUCCUAUUUGAAAAUGUUUAUCUAGGAGUAUUAACUUUCAAUCUUCUUUAGCAGGAUUCCAAAAAUGUAAUAUUUUGUGUACUUUAUUAAAUGAACACAAUAUUUAUUCAGAGGAAGUCUGAGGGUGUAGAGAGCAAUAGUAAUGGUGUCAUGGACCAUAUAAUGGUGUUUUAUUCCCUUUAGUGGACUGUCUUUAAAUUGCAGCUUGAAGCUGCACUUCCUAUGCUCACUAGGGGAGAAGACAGUAUAGCAUCCAGCUUUAGUUACAUCCAGGAUCCUGCUGCACUUCCUAUGCUUGCGAUGGGAGAAGAUGAAGAAUCCAGAAAGCAGUUGGUUGUUGUUACCUAAAAGUUCCCACCUUCUUCAUCCUGUAUUUGAUAGCCCUUAUGCUGGCACCAUCUAAGUAUUUACGUUUCUGUAUGUUUUUAUAUGCUUACAUGUUAAGUCAUUUCCUACUUUUCGCCUCAUCAAAUAUUGCUAGCCAAACAGUCCUAACCGUUAGUGGUCAACCAUUAGCCAUUGCCAUAGAGAUGUAUUGUUUAGCCCAGCUGUUCACUAGCCCCAUUCAAAUGUGCAGUGCAUUCGGAAAGUAUUUAGACCCCUUUACUUUUUCCACAUUUUGUUACGUUCUUAUUCUAAAAUUGAUUAAAUUGCUUUUUUUCCUUCAUCAAUCUACACACAAUACCCCAUAAUGACAAAGCAAAACCAGGUUUUUAGAAUAAACAUUUAAAACCUU